AUGUCCUUCUGUCUUCCCCGCAGGGACUAUGCGUCGUGUCAAACAGUUGUUGGACUCAACGCGUCGAAUCCCAAGACAAGACAGAGCCGACUAUGCCGCUGCCCGCUUCAUCUAGCCAUCCAUCGGCACACCCGCUUCCGGAAGCAGUUUAAUUUCUCCAUGCCAGUGCUGCUGUCGGGGCGCCCCUUCACCCCGGAGCUCUGGCACAGCCUGAGCCGUCACAGGGCCCCCUAUGGCUGGCAGGGGCUCCCCUCCCAAGCCAUUGCCUCCACCCUGACCCUGCUGAACCACUCUGAGAGCGGGGAGCUGUUCGCAGCCGCCCGAGAGCCACUUCCGGGCUGCGUCCGGUGUGCCGUGGUGGGCAACGGGGGGAUUCUGAAAGGUUCCCACCAGGGCCUGAGCAUCGAUGCCCAUGACUACGUGUUCAGGGUCAAUGGUGCUGUGAUCAAAGGCUUUGAGGCUGAUGUGGGCACCAAGACUUCCUUCUACGGUUUCACUGUGAACACAAUGAAGAACUCCCUCAUCGCCUACAGAAACCUGGGCUUCACCUCCGUGCCACAGAGGCAGGGCCUGCGCUACAUCUUCAUCCCCUCAGACAUCCGAGACUAUGUGAUGCUGAGGGCAGCCGUUCUGGGUGUACCUGUGUCCGAGGGCACCGACAAAGGGGACAGGCCUCAGAUCUAUUUUGGACCUGAAGCUUCUGUGGGCAAUUUCAAGCUGCUGCACCCCGAAUUCAUCCGCUACCUGAUGGAGAGGUUUUUGAAAUCGAAACUUAUUAACACAAACUUUGGAGACAUGUAUAUGCCUAGUACUGGGGCCUUGAUGCUGCUCACAGCUUUGCACACCUGUGACCAGGUCAGUGCCUACGGAUUCAUCACAGGGCGCUACCAGCACUUCUCGGAGCACUAUUUCGACCGAGAGAAGAGGCCCCUGAUGUUCUACAUAAACCACGACCUGCUUCUAGAAGCUGCCUUGUGGAAGGACCUGCACAAGGCCGGCAUCAUACGGCUGUACCAGCGCUGAGCUCCCACCCCACCCCCUCACCUUCCCCUCGCAGAGCUGUGGCCCUCAGGCCUUUCUCCCAUCUCUCCUACCAGCAGUGCCCCACCGCCACCCCCAAGCAGGGACCACAGGAAGAAGGGAGGUGCACAGCGGUCACAUCUAGGACUUUUAUCUCGUCCUCGGUCUGUCCAAGAGAUCCCCCCUAAAUCGGAGAUGGACACUCAGCCUCAGCCAAGAAAAGCAAGCCGCUCCCAGGCAACACCCUGCGGCAAGGAGCACUGCCUGAGCUGAGAGCUGCCGAAGCCCGCAGUUGGGACUGAGCCACGGAGGGACGGAGGGACGGAGGCAGUGCCACUCAGGGUCAGGUACCCAUCAGCCCGACCGAGUACAGGUCAAAGACCAAGGACUCUUCAGCAGGACCAAGGACCAAGUAUCCCUCAGCAGGGCCAAUGACCAAAGACCAAGGUCCCAACAAGCAGGACCAAGGACCAAGGACCCAUCAGCAGAAACAAAGACCAAGGACCAAGGACCUAUCAGCCUGACCAAGGACCGAGGACCAAGUAUCCAUCAGCAGGACUAAGGACCCAGGAGCAGUACAGAAAAACACACCGCUCAGCCUGAUUCUCUCAUUAGCUACAUCGACAUCAAUGUUUUAAACCUGACCACAAACCUCCCCCUCGAGGAGAUUCUACAGUAACUCAAGGACAAGUUCACCUGGAACCUUUCUGAGCCCGGUCUACUCCCCUCAGGGAGAGGAAGCACCCUCCCUUCCCCCAAGUGAGGAUGGGAGACAUGACAUUUGGCAGAGUGCAAUGAGACUAGAGACUUGCCCAAAGGACACACCCCUUUUAUGUCUUUAUGGGGAGGGCGUCCAGCAGGGGACCACUCUGGAGUUCAAGUGCCAGAUUGCUCUGGGCACCUCCAGAUGUCCCAUGCCCGGACACCUGCCUGUGCCCCCGGAUAAACCACUAAGGGCCAUCCUACCUUUGUGACCCACAGAUGACCUUAUGGGGCACAUGGCCUUAAAGUAUAACAUCAA